AUGCCACCUCUAGAAACCAGCAAUCAUAUCACAUCAGUACCACCGUAUCAUUAUGUUCAUGUUCUUGAUUUAAACACAAACAUAUCCACCUUGGUCAUGGGCCCGAAGACCUAUGUGUGUAAAGAAAACGAGAGAUUUGAAUGUUCUGUAAGUCGGAUGGUCAGCAUAUCACCGAUGGAAUACUGCGUCGUUGAGAAUCCUGUAGUGAAAGAGAAUGGGCACGCAGUUUUUGAAUCGGAUGGGCAAGUAAAACUACAGAUGGGUGCUAUGGAAUAUCGAUACCAUCAAGACCCGUUUCCAUUGUACCCGGGUGAAACCAUUUGCGGAACAAUCCAGGCACUUCCUGUUGUUUUGGCAAAUCGUGCUCUUCGUCUAAAAGCAAUCUGUGAUCACGAGGAUUCAGAAGGUCGACAAAGAUCCGCGGGGGAUGAAUGGUUGUUUGAGGGACCUGGCGUAUACUAUCCUUGCGUACAAGCCGAGGUCCUUGGUGAAGUAACGGCAAAAGCGAUCAGGCUGAACGAAGCGUUGAGAUUCCGGGCCACAUGUGACUGCGUGGAUCGACGCGGGACAAGGCGUUUCAGUGGAGAGGAGUGGCUGGUGAGGACGACAGGCGUCUAUCUACCCACCGUGUAUGAGGAAUACGUGGACACUGUGAUAGCCGAGAAGCUCAAUGAGAAGCGGGCCGUCAGUGUCCGUGCUAUUCAGCCUCACAGGGAUCAGUUUGGGCGUCAGAGAAACUGCGGAGACGAAUGGCUGGUGACCUAUCACGAUGCAGAUAGUUACAUAUGUGAUGUUACGCAGGAGCUGGUACGCGUCACGGAAACCAUCACCCUAAGCAGUAAAGAGUACUGUAUAAUCGUAAAUCCGGUGGACGUCGACGGGCAUCCUCAGUGGGGUAAGAAACACCUAGUUCGAGGAGAAAGUUCUUUUUUUCUGAUGCCGGGAGAAGAACUGGAAACGGGUAUCGAGCAAGCGUUCACGCUUGGAGAAAACGAUGGGCUUGUUUUGGUAGCUACGGAAGACGUUGAACAGGUGGAUUCUUUGAAGGAUGGAAACUUUCAACGCACAUUUGAUCCGUCUAUACCAACAGGCAUAUUUUACAACAAACUGUCAUUCCAGAAACAUCAACCGGGUGACCGCUGGCUUAUUCGUGGGCCAUGCGAGUACAUUCCGCCCAUUGGAGUGGAUGUCGUUGAGAAACGCACAGCAAUUCCUUUGGGUGAGUCGGAGGGCAUUUAUGUGCGAAACACUCAAACAGGCGAAGUUCGAGCUGUCGUUGGGACAACAUACAUGCUAACCGAGUAUGAAGAACACUGGGAGAAGCAAAUUCCCCCAAAAGUCAGGGAACUGCUUGAAAGCGACAAAGUGCCCACACUGAAUUGGUCUCGAUUUCAAGAGUUGCGUGAUACCAGAGCACCUAUGUUUGCAUAUAGUCGGCGUGUGGCAUCCAGCGGGGAUAUGCGUUGUAGACUGCUGAGUGAAGACACAUACGACCUCUCAUAUGAUCAACCACCUGCACCGCGAUUUACCAUACCCGACGAGCCCAAACCAUUUCCAGUUAUAUCAUUGCAGGUUCCUCACAAUGCUGGCGUACAAAUCAACGAUUACAAAUCCAACAUAUCACGUGUUGAAUUUGGACCAACUCUGGUAAUUCUAGGUCCACACGAGCAGUUUACUUUGCUCAGCCUCAGCGCCGGGAAACCAAAGAGACCACAUGCAAUCAAGUCCCUCUUCCUUCUACUCGGUCCAGACUUCUUCACUGAUUCUGUCGUGGUAGAGACAGCUGAUCAUGCCAGACUAUCCUUGCAGUUGUCCUAUAAUUGGUCUUUUGACACAUCUGACGCGCUGACGGAUCCAGAGGAGGCCGACAAACUGUUUUCGGUUUCAGAUUUUGUUGGUGACAGUUGCAAAGCAAUGGCAUCACGCAUUCGUGGAGCCGUAGCUACCGUAUGCUUCGACACAUUCCACAAAAACUCUGCGCGAAUUAUUCGUGCCGCUUGUCUUGGACUUACAAAAGAAGGCAAGGUGCGGGAUUCGUACGUUUUUCCAGAAAACCGUUUGGUCAUUACAGGAGUUGACAUUCAAUCCGUUGCGCCAACAGAUGAGCGUACACGCGAUCUUUUAUGGAAGCACGAGGCUGCCAAAUUAGAACAAGAAGCUCGGGGUCGCUUAGACCGUCAAAAAAUUUUGGACGAGACAGAAGUGGCAAAGAGCAAAAGCAAACUGCUGGAAAUUCAGCUUGCUUCAGCUGGUCUGGAAAAUACCGGAGAAGCACGAGCGGCUGCUUUGGGACAGGCGGAAGCCUUGCGCAUCGAAAACAUGGUUGCAGUAGAGGAAUCCAUAGUAGCAGUUGAACAGAAGCGGAUAGAAUUGGAAGCCGAGUUGGAACGCUUGGAGAAAACCCGUCAGCUAGAGCUCUCACACCUGGCAUCGAAAAUCAGUCUGGAACUGGAGCAACUUCGUGCUAAAGCCAAGCUGGAAACAUCUCGUUUUGCCAGAAUGGUACGAGCACUGGGUCCAGGCACUUUGGAUCUGAUGGCCAAUGCCGGAGCAAAACACGAUGUUCAGAUGUUACAAGCCUUGGGACUGCGUAGUACCCUGAUUACCGAUGGUUCGGCUCCCAUCAAUCUGUUGACCACGGCCAAUGGGUUGGUUGGACACCGCCCAGAUCAGGCCGGAACGGUCGGAAAUGAACGUUUGGCUCGCCACACACCAGUCUCGUGA